GAGAAGAUGGGUUGCAGACAAGAGGAUGACAGCACUUCCUGGAAGAAACCGACUGCCAACAUCAGAAAAACAUUCAUUUUCAUGGAAGUACUUGGAUCAGGGGCCUUUUCAGAAGUUUUCCUGGUGAAGCACAGAAUCACUGGCAAGCUUUUUGCUUUGAAGUGCAUUAAAAAGUCACCAGUCACCCAGGACAGCAACCUGGAGAAUGAAAUAGUUGUGCUGAAGAAAAUAAAGCAUGACAACAUAGUAACACUUGAGGACAUUUAUGAAAGCGCAACUCACUAUUAUUUGGUAAUGCAACUAGUGUCUGGAGGAGAAUUAUUUGACCGUAUUUUAGAACGGGGUGUUUACACUGAAAAGGAUGCUAGUAUUGUAAUUCAACAAGUCCUGGAAGCAGUGCAUUAUCUUCAUGAAAAUGGGAUAGUUCAUCGAGAUCUAAAGCCUGAAAAUUUACUCUACCUAACUCCAGAAGAGGACUCCAAAAUUAUGAUAACAGAUUUUGGUUUGUCUAAAAUGGAACAGAAUGGCAUCAUGUCUACAGCAUGUGGAACACCAGGAUAUGUUGCUCCAGAAGUGUUACAACAAAAGCCAUACAGUAAAGCUGUGGAUUGCUGGUCAAUUGGAGUUAUUACCUACAUCCUCCUGUGUGGAUACCCUCCUUUCUAUGAAGAAACAGAGUCCAAAUUGUUUGAGAAAAUCAGAGAAGGAUACUUCGAAUUUGACUCUCCAUUUUGGGAUGAUAUCUCUGAAUCAGCCAAAGAUUUCAUUUCUCAUUUACUCGAGAAGGAUCCAAAUAAGAGAUUUACCUGUGACAAAGCCCUCAGGCAUCCCUGGAUUGGUGGAAACACAGCCCUCUACUGUGACAUCUAUCCAUCUGUCAGUGUACAGAUCCAAAAAAUUUUUGCAAAAAGCAAGUGGAAGCAAGCCUUCAAUGCUGCAGUUGUGGUCCACCAUAUGAAGAAACUACACAUGAAUGGUCAUCAUGCAGAGGAUAAUGUCAAAAGUCAAGUACAAGUACAAAUUACAUCAAGGCCUAAUACAUCAUCCAUUACUUACAAGGAACAAUCAAGUCAAGACACCAAGAAUUUGAUCCCGGUAUUAUCCUAUCAGAAUACUUCAGAUCUUUGUGGCCUACAUGCCAAGAAGACAGAAAGUAAAUAUUUAGAUAACCCAGGUAGCACAUCAGUCCAUGUAACUUCUGUAACUACAACAGAUGGCCAGAGCCAUCCAAGCAGACCUCCAGAAGGUGGGACACGUGACAAAGUGAAGGCAAUGUUUUGCUCAGAAGCAGUACUCAUAAAAAGGGAUGCCAAGACACAUCACUUCAACUCAGAAGUCCUUGUUCCAGUCAAAGCCACUAAUCACACUUAUUUUGGAAGUGGGCAAACUGGUGUUUGCUUGGUAAUGUGAUUGAAAAAAUGCCUACUAUACGUAUAAAACAUAUA